AUGCCAGUGCCAGCGCCAGCGCCAUUGCCCUCCGUCUUGAGGCGCAUGGACGACUUGCGCGAUGCUGGGACGGGGUUGCUGGAGGGUCUCACGGUGGCCGAUGAUCGGGUGCUGUCGGUACUGGUGCUCGUGAGAGAGCUGAAGCGGGAGCCGGCCUCAUUCCUCGUCAUUGUCGCCAGGCCGUCGCGAGAGGGCGCAGAGCCAUGUCAUUCCCGAGAAACAAGGUUGAGAGAAACAGAGGGGACCGGCACCCAGCAAGGCACGCUAUUGCUGGUAGACGCAGUACCUACUCCGUCUCCGUAG